CGUCAGACGACACCCAACUUCGCCCUAUCACUUGAGUCGUCUUCUUGCCCGUCAACCAAAUACGACACACGCCCCCUAUCAUGGCCCAGGAGGGAGAUAGCUGGACAUAUCGCCGGGAGCAAAGAUGGCUCUGUUACAGAUAUCAUGUAUACCACACAUUCGGGACACACCUGGAGGAAAGGGAUCGCAAUUUGGACCAGUUCAGACGCUUCUGUGUCCCCCGGCCUGGACAGUACCCCGGAGUCGAGAAGAGCUUCCGGGUCGCGCCAACACCCGCCUUUACCUACGGACCUCACCGAUCCCAGCGCCGCAAGACGGCAAGAGUCUCAACAGCUCUUCGGAAGCUCAAGCAGGACCUCAAGCCUCUGACUGGCGUUCGGUUUGCCAAGGUCCUCGGGUGGGGAGGGAACGGAUUGGCUGCGCUGUUCUUCAGCGAGGACCGGAGGACUUCUUACCGGCGGCAAUACUUCGUCGUGAAAGUCGACAUCGCAGGUGGAGGAGGGGACAGCUCGGGUUCCUCUGGCUCGAGUAGCAGCGAAUGGAUCCAGCGCGAGCUGCGGAUCCAAUCGGCAAGUCUAUGUCCUUCCAUAGUAUUUAAUAAUGGCGUGCUGACCACCAACAAAACAAAUAGGUUUCAAGACGCGAUGCACAUCGUCCAGUUGGCCGGGCUCCCUAGACCAAUGCCGCCGCUCCGAUCCCGCCGGAUCCGAGCACAACAAGGCGGGCAGGGGAGUCAAGCGCCUGCUCAACCUCCCGUGCAUGUCGACACCGAGGGCUUGAUAAUCCUCGAGUACCUGAUGUGCGGAAGCUUGCACAAGGCCCUGUCCAAGGCGACCGAGGCGAAGCAGCACUUCCCCAACCGCGUGCUCUGGCACAUGUUCCACUGCCUCGUCCAAUCCUGCGUGGCAAUGGCAUACGCGCCUACAGAGAACGGUCAUCUGUACAACGGAAUGCAGCCGCCCUUCAUGGAACGCAUCAACCCCCAGGAGAGGAAGAGGGACUUCGUCCACUUCGACAUUGUUCCCAAUAACAUCCUUGUCGGUGACCCUGGUCGUGAUCCAGACCAUCCGCUGCUGCCCGUUCUUAAGAUGGGCGAUUUCGGCCUUGGCAGAACCGUCACGCGGCGGCAUUACGUGCAAGACGACUUGCCCUGGUACUAUCGCACCUUGGGCAAAUUCGGCUACUUUACACCGGAGCAGUUCAGCGCCGAAUGGGACUACAUCCCGCUCGGCCGUGGUCCCUUGUCCCUGGCAGAGCCUUGGUCGGUCGCAGGGAAGUAUUUCUGGACCCACAACCUCUUUCAGAUAGGACUUGUCAUGACCAGAACGUACCCGCUGGUGCCUCCCCAUCCGCAGCGGAUGUGGGUCAUGCCGGAGGACGACGACCGCGACGGUGGCGACGAGGACAGGCAACGAAGAGUGAAAAGGAUGCAGACGAAGGAGCCGUUCCACCACCAGAGGCGCGCGGACUCCGCCGAGGAGACGUACGCAGCACGGGCCCAAGACGAUGCGGAACCGCAGAGGAGGGAAGACAAUGCCCCGAUCGUCAACGACUCGGAGUACGACUCUCACGACGAUAGGAAAUGCGUAUGGUCGUACGGCGCCUACCUGCUUAAGGAUCAGAAGCUCCGCGAGCGGGGGGUUGAUCCCUAUAUGCGGACGUUAGUGGCGCGCUGCCUGUGUGAUCAGCCGCAAGACAGGCCGCGUCUUGCGUGGCUGAAGAUGGUGAUCGGGAAUCGCAUACGGGAUGGCAGGUGGCCAGCUGCGGAAGAUGACCACAGGAUAAGGGAGUGGAUGGAGAAGAUAAAGUGGUGAUCCCGUGAAUACAGGCAGAGUGAACUGCUGGGUAUAUAUAAGAAGAAGAGGGUUUGAUAAGUGGAAGCUGCGUAGACUUAACACAGUUUGCCACAACUUACCGCUAGAUUGGGAUUUAUCAGCAGGCCACGGUGCCAGUCACAAGUCUAUCACAGCCACAAUUCAGG